AGUGUUUCCCAGGCAAUAUACUGCAUGCGGCUCUGAGUUCAGUUCAGGCUGCUUCGUAUGGAUAAACCACCUAUCUUCGUCUUGAUGGCUUUUCUCGUCUGAUCUACUAAUUCCUCAUUUUAAUGAGGUUUUUUGAUUCCUUCCACCUGAUUCAACACAUGCCUUGAUUUCAUAACCAUCUAUUAGCUUCUAGCUCGUCUGACCAGUUUGGAAUAUAUUGGAUUAUUAACAAUCUUUUCAAUACAUUUAAUGUAGAACAGUGUCUUAAUUACAGCUACAGUACAAUGACAUGCCUACGUUUCAGUGUAAUUGGUAUUGCUAUAUCAUUAUACCUUUGUAUGGUAUAUGCCAGGGCCAUUGAAACUGAUGUGGUUAAAAAUAAUGAAGAAAAUGUGAAGAAGAUUCUGGAUGUUAUAAAUAAAAGAGAUGGAGGUACCACUGGUAUAGAAGUUGAUACCGGUAAUGGGCAGUCUCCUCCUGUAGAUGGCCAGUCUCCACCAGGAGUCAACCAGGAGCGCGAGGCUGAUGUAGGAGCCGAAGGGAACCAGGCCAACUCUGAUACAGCAGGACAAGGAGGUGCUGCAGAAAAUCCCAAUGACAGUGUUGAGAACUAUCCAAGUGAUGGACUCCAGGAAUCGAACGCAGACGUUGAGAUUCAUCAAGCUGAAAACAAUGGCAGUGUCAUCUUGUUAGCGGAAUGGCAAUUCAUCCUGAUUGUUGUUGGCUGCGUUGCUGUUGCCAUCAUUGGCGUCGCCAUUGCUUUUAUCUGCUGGUACAAAAUUCAGACGACGUCCAAGGCCCAGAACGAAGCCGACUACCCAGCCUAUGGUGUUACAGGCCCAGGCGCACAGGUCACAUCUUCCAUGAAUAAUGGGGACAGAAAACUUGCCCAGAGUGCCCAGAUGUAUCACUACCAACAUCAGAAACAACAGAUGAUCGCCAUGGAGAAGCGUGAGAAAGGAGAUGUUGCACGGGAUGCCUCAGAUUACGAUUCAGAAGAAGAGAAUGAAGAUGGCGACCUGACUGUCUACGAAUGCCCUGGACUUGCUCCGACCGGUGAGAUGCAGGUGAAGAACCCCCUCUUUGCGGAGGAUGCUUACCCCAAGCAAGGAGGAGAGGCAGAAGGAGAAGAGAAGCAGUAAUGAUGAAGACAUUGCUGAGGAACCAAGCCCAGAUACACCAUUGCAGUGGCAUACCUACCUAGGGGGCAGGAUCAGGGAGGGAUGGGGUGGGGUAGGGGGGGGGGGGGCAAGG